CCAUAGAAGCGGUGGAUGAGAGUUGUGCGGACUGUAUGGACACACGUUCCUUCCUCCCCAUAGCGUGCAGUUGCCAGGGAACUGAAGUGAACCUGCAUGCACUUUCCUCGGCCGGACUCAUCUCCCCCGCUGGAGGGACGGCUCGGAAUCCGGGGGGCUGCUGCUCCUGAGUUCUAAAACUUCUCAUUGAUUGGACAGCCUGGGAAUUGGAGGAUCUGAGAGAGAGAGAGAGAUCCGAGGAGACAGCUGGCUGCAGUUUGGAAUUCUUUGCCAUUAUCUCCAGAUCAAGACUGAACCAUUACAUUUCAGGAAACUUCUUCACACUUCGGUGAUUCUUUAUUUCCUAUGAACAUGGUUGACAGUUUGAUUAUAUCUUUACGAUUGGUCAGCUCCAUAGUAUUGUUAGGAUUUCAGCUGGUCGUCUCCCAGCUGUCAGUUGAUCACAGAAAGGUCCCACAGAGGAUAGAACAACAAAGUGGCACAACAGACAAUAUUAGCGCUGGGUCUGCUGGAGUUUGGGGCAGCUGGGGACCUUGGUCCGCUUGCUCGAGAAGCUGUAGCGGUGGUGUUAUGGAACAAACUAGACCCUGCCUACCAGCCAACUACCAUGAAAGAAGCUACCAAGGCCCAAAUCACCAAUAUCCUGCUGCUGAAAGAACUUCCAGCAAUCAAAACACUCUUGGCCAUGAGACUGCAUUGAAUCCACACUCUGGUCAUGUUGUAUCUGCCAUUCGGACAUCGGUACCAUUACACAGAAAUGGAGAUAAUACUAGACUCAGUCCCCCAGCUGUCAAUGAUUUUAGUCAUCUUGGGAGGGGAAUAUUAAGAGGAAAUCGGCAACAACUGCCACAAGGGCAUAUCUCCAGACUUGAUAGAAGAAACAGGACACGAACUUCAAUUAGUCCAGGAACAUAUGGCUAUGGAAAGAUUCCUUAUAUACUACCACUACAAAGUGACACAGGCCAAAACAUCCCAAGAAAAAGAAGACAGAUUCAGCUAGGACGACAGCCUGUGUCUGGACAAAAUGCAGCCCAGAGCCAGUCCUUCAUCCUCCCAUCAACUCAUCGCAGUAAUCUUUACCAGGAUGAGCUCUAUUCUCCAAUUAGGCAAGAGCCUUCACAGUCUUCAUCAAAUCCGCAGUUUUCUCAUUCCCAGCCCCUUCCAGUGGCACAAAGUUCAUUCCCUGAUGCUCCCAGACAAGGUUCCACCUCCCUAAAUCUGCUCCGAGAUAAACCACUGGCACAACGUGGAUCUACAGCCAUUACUUGUACUGGUGCCUACAAACAGUACAAAUUGUGCAAUAAACAGCUGUGUCCAGGGAACAACAGAGGCACCAGAGAAGUACAAUGUGCAUCCUAUAACAACAAGCCGUUUAUGGGGAGAUUAUAUGAAUGGGAACCAUUUUCAGAAGGGAAAGGGGAGCUAAAGUGUGAGCUGACAUGCCGAGCAAUGGGCUACAGAUUCUACGUCAGGCAAGCUGAAAAAGUAAUCGAUGGAACUCCGUGUGAUCUAAAUGGAACCACUGUUUGCGUAGCUGGUCAGUGCAAGAUGAUUGGCUGUGAUGAUUUCCUGGGAUCUGAUAAAGUGGUUGACAAGUGUGGAGUUUGUGGCGGAGAUAACACAGCAUGUAAAGUUGUAUCAGGAGUCUUCAAGCAUAUUUUAACAAAAGUUGGUUAUCAUAAAAUUGUGGAAAUUCCAGAAGGAGCCACGAAAAUUAAUGUUACAGAGAUGGCAAAAAGCAAUAACUACUUAGCCCUCCGAAGUCGAUCGGGUAGAUCAAUCAUCAAUGGAAACUGGGCAAUUGACAGACCUGGAAAAUAUGAAGGUGGUGGAACAAUGUUCACUUAUAAGCGACCAAAUGAAAUAUCAAGCACAGCGGGUGAAUCUUUUUUAGCUGAAGGACCAACCAAUGAAGCGCUUGAUGUUUAUAUGAUACAUCAACAACCAAACCCUGGAAUUCAUUAUGAAUAUGUUGUUCCCAAUACAAAUACUAUCAGCCCACAUCUACCUUCACAACGGAGACCAGGUGAACCCUUGAAUGGCCAGUUAGACAUACCAGAUACUUCAGACCAUACAGAAAAUAGAGAUUCCUUCAAUAGUCCUGAUCUGUCAGCUGGAUCCAUUCCUUCUAGUCAGCCUGGGAGGAUACCUUCACAUGUACCAGACAACCAAGUGCUUCCAUUGCAGCCUCCUCGAAGGAGCCGGGACUAUAACUGGAAACAAGUGGGAUCAACUGAAUGUUCAGUAUCCUGUGGGAAAGGAUCACAUUACCCCAUUUUUCGCUGUGUAAACAGAAAUACACAUGAGGAGGUGUCAGAUGCUUUCUGUGAUUCUAGUACCAAACCCAGUUCUGAAGAAGAGCCAUGCAAUCUUUUUCCUUGUCCUGCAUUCUGGGACAUAGGAGAGUGGUCUGAAUGCAGUAAGACUUGCGGCCUAGGAAUGCAACAUCGCCAGAUCUUGUGCAGACACAUCUAUGCUAAUCGUACCCAUACUGUGCAACCACAUCGCUGCCAGAACCUGGAAAAACCAGAGACAACCAGCACUUGUCAGCUGAAGAUCUGCAGUGAAUGGCAAAUCAGGACAGACUGGACACCAUGUUCUGUACCCUGUGGAGUGGGACAGAAAACACGUGACGUAAAAUGUGUCAGUAACAUUGGAGAUGUCGUCGAUGAUGAAGAAUGUAAUAUGAAGCUACGGCCAAAUGACAUUGAAAACUGUGACAUGGGUCCAUGUGCCAAAAGUUGGUUCCUUACAGAAUGGAGUGAUAGGUGCUCAGCAGAGUGUGGGGAAGGAGUGAGGACUCGGUCAGUAGUCUGCAUGUCCAACCACAUCAGCAGUUUGCCGCUAGAAGGAUGCGGAAACAACAGACCAGCAGAAACUACGACCUGUGAUAACGGGCCAUGCGAGGGCAAGGUUGAGUGGUUUACAGGAGCCUGGAGUCAGUGCUCAGUUGAAUGUGGUUCUGGAACCCAACAAAGAGAUGUCAUUUGUAUUACAAAGAGUGCAGAGGGGUUCACUGUGGUGAAGCCGCAUGAAUGUUCCUUUUUGGAGAAACCACCAAAUCAGCAGUCUUGCCAUCUCAGAUCCUGUGGCGCAAAAUGGUUUUACACAGAAUGGAGUACGUGCUCUAAAUCAUGUGAAGCUGGUUUCCGCAUUCGUGAGGUCCGAUGCCUGGCAGAUGACAUAUCACACAGUGACAAAUGUGAAGCAGAACUUAGACCGGAAGACAAAGAAACAUGCAAUACUCAGGACUGCAUCCCAGAAAUAGAUGAAACCUGCAAAGACAAAUACUACAACUGCAACGUGGUAGUACAAGCUCGGCUUUGUGUAUAUGCCUACUACAAGACAGCUUGUUGUGCUUCCUGUGUGAGAGCAGCAAGCAGACAAUCGGGAUACCUUGGACGAAGAUAACAGCUACUGAUAAUUUUACACAAGAGGCAGCAGAUAAGUGGUGUGACAAUGACUGAUCUGACUCCCUGCCUCUGGCAUGUAUAGUUUGAACUCCAUAUUUUUAUGACAUGGAACUUCAUCAUUACCUUCCGGUUUUAUCUGCAACUUUAAUAGGAAAAUUAUGACUUUUUGUAAUAUGAGCAGAACAUUUUUGCUUUACUAUUUUAAACGUGACUUUGUGCACACUGCUGGAGAAGUACAAUACACAACCUGCACCAAUCUAGAGGAGUCAAAUAGAGGCACAUGGCUGGUAUAUAUAUUUUUCUUCUGGGAUUAAUGUGGUAUUUUAUGUACUGUAUAUAAUCGAGGAGUGUUUUUUUUUAGCUCAAACAAUUGUCUGGGAUGUUGGAUUAACUGCCUUGUAAAUAAUGAUUUUAUAUAUAAAUUGGAAAUGAUGCAGUCUUACGGUUCAUUUUAGUUUCAUGGUACAUGUUCAGCAAAAAGUGAGUGAUUUCCAAAUAAUUUGUUGAUCAAGAAAAAAAAGGAGCACUCUUUUUUGACAAGUACUGCAAAUAUGCUACAUUUUCUUUACCAGAUUCUCUGUAUAUGUAACAUUUGCAAAUGUAUUUCUGUAGUAAAAAUGUGUACUUUUUGAACUUGU